UCUCCAGUCGGUUUCCGUUAGAUUUGGGAAGAAGAUGGUCAGAGUUUGUGUUUUAUAAAUGAAACGUCCGAUAUGACGAUGAUGGAUGACAAUCGACAAAAUAAUUCUGAAGACUGUUAGAAUAAUGUUUCAUCUGCCUUAAAGUGUUUUAAAAAUGGCCAUAAGGGAACUGAAAGUUUGUCUCCUAGGGGAUACAGGCGUCGGGAAAUCCAGUAUUGUGUGCCGAUUCGUUCAAGAUCACUUUGACCACAACAUCAGUCCAACUAUAGGUGCGUCAUUUUUAACUAAAACUGUCCCAUGUGGGAAUGAACUUCACAAGUUUUUAAUCUGGGACACUGCCGGGCAGGAACGGUUCCAUUCAUUGGCUCCCAUGUAUUACAGGGGAUCUGCGGCUGCCGUCAUCGUUUAUGACAUCACCAAACUCGACUCUUUCCAGACAUUAAAGAAGUGGGUAAAGGAGCUAAAAGAACACGGGCCAGAGGAUAUAGUCGUGGCUAUAGCAGGAAAUAAGAACGACCUGGGCGACAUCAGGGAAGUUCCAACUAAGGAGGCUAAAGAUUUUGCUGAGUCGAUUGCUGCCAUAUUCAUGGAGACUAGUGCCAGAAAUGCAAUAAACAUUGAGGAACUUUUCCAGAAAAUCAGUCGACAGAUUCCUCCUCUGGAGAGCGAAGACGCUGACAGCAAUGAGUCCUUCAAACUGACGCGACAGCCCCCUCCCUCCACCAGACGCUGCUGUUAGAUGCCCGUCACCUCCCCGUCACGUCUGCAAGUCACUAUCAACACUUUAGAACCAGCCAGAUUAACAGCACCUACAUGCAUUGAGUGUCAGGAACCCACAUAUUAUAAACUAUCUCUUAGACAUCCUUAAUAAGCAGUGUGCGAAUUAUAAAACAACAUUCAGGUGGGUCAAACUUUUAAAAUGAUUCUCUAUACUGCAGAUAGAGAACAUCGGAUCAGAUUUGUCUUACAGAACCCAAUUGUUUUCGGCGCGCCCAGCAUAGUUAGAUAAAUGUUAACUACCUUAAAAAUUUAAAAAAACACAUAUGUUUAAAACAAGUUUUUCUGCGAAAUGCUUAGAUCUGUAAAUCUAUAAUUAAGCGAGAAACAACGAUCAAUAUACUGUCCAAUAUUGAUCUUAUCGGAAACUGCUCAAGCAUACUGUUACUAUAAUAACCUCCUCAGGCAAACACAAUUUCUUUUUGAGAGUUCAUUUAGCGCCACAUGAGAAUAUGUGUUAUAUUAACUUGUAAUCAAACCCUUUUGGUUACUGUUUGAAAAUACAUGUAAUAGGUAGCAUAGAAAUGGCUUAGUAUAGGCAUCAGAAUUGGAUUUGGAUAUGGUCUCAUGACUGAAACAUGUACAUUGCUACAGCCCCAUUUCCGAAAACGUUGAGACAGUAUGAAAAAUGCUACUAAAAAAAGAUUUGUAAAUUAUAUUCGCACUUUUCUAUAUUGAAAGCACUAACACUAAACAUUAUAUGAUGUUUUACCUUGUGAAUUUCAUUUUUUUUUUUUUUUUUAUGUACAGUAAUUUCAAAUCAGUUGAUUGCAACACGCUCCAACAGUCAAGUGUUUUCCACUGUGAAACAUCACCAUUUGUUCUAAUAACACGUAGUAAGCAUUUGGGCACAAGUUUGUUAAGUUUAGAAAGUGGAAUUUUCCCCAUUCAUCCAUUAUGCAGGUCUUUAGCUGCACAAUUGUACGGGGUCUUCGUUGCCGUAUGGUGUGCUUCAUAAUGUGCCACACAUUCUCAAUUGAAGACAAGUCAUGACUGCAGGCAGGCCAAUCUAGCACCCACACUCUCUGCUUACACAGCCAUGAACUUGUAAUCCGGCCAGUAUGUGGUUUGAAGUUGUCCUGCUGGAAAUUGCAGGGACGUCCCUGGCAAAGACAGUGCUGGAUGGGAGUAUAUGUUGCUCCAAAAUUUGUACAUAUCUAUCUGCAUUCAUGGUGUUCUCACAGAUGUACGAGUUACCCAUGCCAUGGGCACUGACACACCCCUGGCCCAUACAGACACUGGCUUUUGGACCUGAUGCUAAUAACAGCUUGGAUGCCCCUUUUCCUCUUUGGCCCGGAUAACACGACAGCUGUGUUUUUCAAAAACCUUUUAAAAUGUGGACUCUUCGGACCAAAAAACAUGAUUCCACUGUUCUACUUUCCAUCUAAGAUGAGACCAAGCCCAGAGAAGUCGGCAGCGCUUCUGGACAGUGUUGAUGUAUGGCUUCUCCUUUACAUAGUAAAGUCUUAACUUGCAUCUGUGGAUGCAGCGGUGAAUGGUGUUGACUAACAAAGGUUUACUAAAGUAAUCCCAAGCCCAUGUUCAUGAUAUCCAUUACAGAUUAAUGAUGUUUUUUAAGACAGUGAUGUCUGAGGGAUCAAAGAUCACACAUGCAUUCAGAAAUGGUUUUCGUCUUGCCCUUUACGCACUGAGAUUUGACCAGAUUCCUUGAAUCUUUUAACUAUAUUGUGCACUGUAGAGGGUGUCUGCAAAAUGUCCAAAAUCCUUCCAAUUUGUCUUUGGGGAACAUUGUUCGCAAAGUGCUGGAUUAUUUGCUGAAGCAUCUCUUGGCAAAUUGACAAGUCUAUACCGAUCCUUGCUCUUGAAGGUCUAGGCUGUUUUUGGAGGCUCCUUAUAUACUAUGACAUGAUUGCCUCUCCUGUUUCACAUCGCCUUGUUAUUUCAGCUCGUCAAAUUGUUAUUAGUCUUAAAUUGCCCCUGUCUCAACUUUUUUAGAGCGUGUUGCAAUAAAAUAAAAAAUAAAAAAAUGAAGAAAUUCACAAGGUAAAACAUAAUGUGUAGUUGUAGUGCUUUCAAUAUAGCAAAAGGUGAAUAUAAUUUACAAAUCACUCCUUUUUAUUUGUAUUACUUUUUUUGGAAUUGGGGUUGUACUAUAAACAAUGUAAAUCUGGAGCUGCAUCAUUUUGUUCCAAGUUGCAGUAUUUUCUGAGUAACUUUGGGAGGUGAUGUGUUAAAAUUAGUGUGACUGACUUCUGGUUUUUAGGAAUCAGUUUCACACUAAGUGUCUUAUUAAUGCAGGAUUGUUACCAAUAAAAAUGCUAAUGCUACUAGUAGUUAGUUCUUCAAUUACACAAAAACAAGUUUCUUAAUAGCAAUUUUGUGCUAAUUUUAUACAGUUUUAAAAACAAAAUCCUUGAUAUGUUAUUGCUAAUUUGACUUUAUUUCAACACUUUAAAAUACAUAGAAUCUUUGUUAUUGUCCCGUGAAGGUUAUGAAUGUGUAUUCUGGUUAAUAAAACGUGAGGAUUAUGCAAAAUAUUAACCCCUUUAACAAAUAAGAAAACGAUAAAUCAGCCACUAGGGGGCAAACUCUGAUCGAGCCAGUUCUUUUGCAAGCUGUUGGCUAUAAAAAAGGAGGUUGAAAAGUUUCUCCUAUUUCACAUCAUUGCCUAGUUAAAUAUUUGGUAACACUUUCUAUGAAGCCCAUAUUUAUAAUGCAUUGUAAAGGCAUUAUAAUGCAUUAGUAAAGUCUCAUAAUACACCUUUUACUAAUAUGUUAUAACUUCUCAUAAAUAAUUGUAACCACAAUUUUAAUACAUUAUAAUACUUACCUAUUCAUGGUUAUACCUUAGAGUAUAAUGCAUUAUAACACAAGCAACAUUCAAUUUUAUCUGCAGAAGUUAUAAUGUAUUAUAUAUAUUUGCAAUAUAUAAUAGGUGUGCUUUAAGUAAAGUGAAAAAAGCAAUGUCUUCCAUAAGACAUUUUUAUGUCAUUUUAUUUUAAAUGAACAUACAGCAUCAAACAGAUAUUUCCAUCAGAUGUAUUUCAGAUGUUGUAUGUAUAUACCAUAUAUUCAUAUUCACCAUACAUCUUAAAAUAGUACUUAUCAAAAAUAUGCACAUAUAAUAGGAAAGAAAAUUAAAUUAUAUAUAUAUAUAUAUAUAUACACAUACAUACAUACAUACAUACAUACAUACAGGAAGGGAGUGAACUUUUCUUUACAUCAUAAUCAUUGACUUGUGAAAAUAAAAUCAGGCCUAUGAGGUGUUACGUAGUUAACCCAUUUUUCCCAGUGUGAAGCAAAUUGUUCCAGUUUAUGAUUGACAAAUGCUGUAAUCUUCUCCAUUUUGUAAAUGUCCAUUGUAAUUUCCAUCCAUGUAUUUAGAGUUGGGCUCUCGUGUGACAACCAUUUCCUGGUAGAAGUCUUUUUGCUAGCCACCAGCAGUAUAUUUGUUAAAUAUUUGUCUCUCUUCACCCAUUCUUGAGGUAUAUAUCCAAGAUAUAUGGUCUUAUUUUCUAGGGGUAUUACACAUUUAAAAAUGUCUUGUAGGGCACUAUGUAUCCCUCUCCAGUAGUCUUUGAUAAGAGGACAAUCCCAGAAGAUAUGGUAGUGGUUUGCAUUUUUGUUUCCACAGUUUCUCCAGCAAACAGGAAGGUUACUAUCAUAAUGGGAUUUCUGAGAGGGUGUAAUAAAAUACCUUAUAAAGUUUUUCCAUCCAAACUCCAUUUCUGGGAACUGGUGCACUUCCAUUGAUACCUCCAUAUUGCUAUCCAUUCUUCCUCAAAUAUAAUCAUCCCUCCUUUUUCCCAUUUUUUUUUAAUGUAAGAGGUUGAAUGUGUUUUAAGAUUUAACAGACCUUUAAUAGUUUAGGAGCUAAACUAUUAAUUUCAUUCCUAAUUUUUCUAAUUUCUUCUUGUGUAUCCUGUACUAAACUCAAUUUGUGUCUUUUUUUUUUAGUUCCUUCAACUAAUUUAAUUCCUCUGUUUUAUUCCUUGUUUUUUUCUUAUAUGAAGAUAUUGCUGUGAUUUUCCCUCUUAGGACAGCCUUCAGAGUAUCCUACAGAAUAGGAGGUAAAGCCUCUCCAUUAUCAUUAAAUUCUAAGUAAAGGCUAAUUUCUUUUUUAAUUUGUUCCUUAAAAUAGGGAUCGGGUAGACUUGAAUUUAGUUUCCAUGUAGUAUUCUUUGGUCGCAGGUUAAAAUCGACAGAUAAAUAUAUAGGUGCAUGGUCACUUAAAUAUAUUGUCCCAAUUCCACAGGUGUGUAUUUUGUCUUUAUCUAUUCCAAAUAUUAUGAAAUAGUCUAUUCUUGUAUAUAGAGAAUGGGGGGCAGAGUAAUAAGUGUAGUCCCUUCUAUUAGGGAAAAGGUCUCCCCAUAUGUGAGUUAGACCAACAUCCUCAAAGAUUGUGUAAACUUUCUUAUGUAGGGACUCUGUUUUACAAGUUUUUCUACAAGAAGAGUCUAACUUUGGUUGUAAGUGUAUAUUUAAAUCUCCCCCACAUAUCAAGAGACCUUCUGUUUCCGUUGUCAUGAUAUUAGUGAUUUACUGAAAGAAACUUAAAGCACUUCCUGGUGGUGCGUAUAUGUUCAAUAGAGUAACUAAAUUCCCAUGUAUUUUACCCUUUACCAGAAUAUAUCUGCCUAUAUAUCUGAGAAAAACAGGUUAGUGAAGCCCAUUUUCUUUAGUUUUUCAUGCUCGGUGACAUUUAAAUGGGUUUCCUGUAGAUAUACUACAUGGGCUUGUUCUUUUCAUUUAUUGUCUUCUGAAAGCUCACAGUCUCUCCCUAAUAAUCUUCUCUCGAUCUUCUUCUGUCCCGUGCUGUCUCAGUCCUCUCACCAUUUCCCAUGCAGAGCGGGAAAGCUGCUCAGCCAGGCUCUCCCUCGGUGUGAUAACACUGACAGGCAGUCCUCUGUCCUUCAUGUCUGCAGUCGCCUCCUCCACUGGCUGGUACAGCCGAGUCCCAUCCUUAAAGAACACUCGUAGUUUAGCAGGGAACGGAGUCUAGAAAGCUGAUCUGUCUCUGCUUUAAUAUUUGCUUUGCUUCAGAGUAUUCCUUAUGCUUCUGUAGGACUGCUGGGGGGUAAUCUUGAUCAAAGUAUAUUAGUCUGUCAUUCAAAAACACCUUCUUAGGGGGCCUGGGUAGCUCAGCGAGUAUUGACGCUGACUACCACCCCUGGAGUUGCGAGUUCGAAUCCAGAGUGUGCUGAGUAACUCCAGCCAGGUCUCCUAAGCAACCAAAUUGGCCCGAUUGCUAGGGAGGGUAGAGUUACAUGGGAUAACAUCCUUGUGGUCGCAAUUAGUGGUUCUCGCUCUCAGUGGGGCGCGUGGUAAGUUGUGCAUGGAUCACGGAGAAUAGCAUGAGCCUCCACAUGCUGUGAGUCUUUGUGGUGUCAUGCACAGCGAGCCACGUGACAAGAUGCGCGGAUUGAUGGUCUCGGAAGCGGAGGCAACUGAGACUUGUCCUCCGCCACCUGGAUUGAGGUGAGUAACCGCACCACCACGAGGACCUAGUAAGUAGUGCGAACUGGGCAUGCCAAAUUGGGGAGAAAAGGGGAGAAAAUAAAAAUAAAAAAACACCUUCUUUCCCCAGGCCUUGUGCAGAUUCUCUUCUUUGGUUAUGUAGUGAUUGAAUUUGAUUAUUAUUGACCAUGGCUUAUCUCCCCUGUCUCCGGAGGGUUUCGAGGCAAGUGCCCGGUGUGUUCUCUUGAUAUCGAGCUCCAUAUUCGGGGAAAUCUCCAGCAUGUCCCAUAGUAACUUUUCCACAAACAGCACCAUUGACGUCCCCUCCGCUCCUUUGGGAACAUUAUAUAUCCUUAUGUUCUCCCGACGGGAUCUCCUUUCUUGGUCAAGUAGUUUAUUUUCUUGUUGGUUCAUCACUUUUAUCAUCUUGCACAACACCUGUUCUACGUUUUGAACGUGAUCUUCCUUUUCAAUUCGCGUCUAUGCCUCCGCUAUCUUCUGAUUAACAUUGGUGAUCUCAGAGAUAAUAUUGUUUAGUUGUUGUUUUGUGUCUUUGCGAAAGUCCCGUAUCUCCUCCAAAACUUUUGUUAAACUUGCUGCAUCGUUUAGUUGAGGGUAAGCAUUAGCUUCGCCAUCUUGUGCCUGUGUAGGAGAGCUGUUCUUCACGUUUUCUUCGUUUGUGGGUUCUUCUAUGGUGCUUUUUUGUUUCCAUCCCUUCUUCCCAUUCUUGCCUCACUUAUCGGACCAAAUAAUAUCUAGAAAUGUUGUAUUUGACAGUUUAACGGGGCUAAGUAAGUGUUUUUUUUGGAGGAGCUGCUAUUUUAGGCUGCCUUUCAGGGCGAUGAUGUCAUUGGAACCCCAUAAGACAUUUUUAAGUGGUUAUAAGACAUUACAAGUCAUGCUGGAAGUUAUAUACAUUACACAUGCACAAAAUACAAAACACAUAUUCAAUGUACAUUGAGAUAUUACGAAAAACACUUUUAAUGCUACAGGGUUCAAAUAUAUAUAUAUAUAUAUAUAUAUAUAUAUAUAUAUAUAUAUAUAUAUAUAUAUAUAUAUAUAUAUAUAUAUAUAUAAAUAAAAAGUAUGUGUGUUGAUCACACAUGUAGCCAACCUUCUUGGGUAUAAACACACCUAAGAAUAAUGCAAAAAAAAACAUUUAACUGAUUCUAUACUGGACUCUAUUCAAUAAACUUUAAUGUUUUUGCAUCUUAUUUGGAGACUUAUUUUAUAAAUAACUUCCAUUAUUUAAGUUUGACUUGUGAUGUAUUGCAUGUUACAAGUUUAUGAUAUGGCUGUUUAUAAGAAGAUAUUGCUUUUUAACUUUACUUAAAACAGGCAAAGACCACUUAUAAUAUGAUCACGUCAUAAAGCCAUAUAUGAUAAACUUUACUAACUUCUGCUGUGUUAAAAUUGGAUGUUGCUUGUUAUAAUGCAUUAUUAGUAUAACUAUGAAUAGUGGAAGUCUUAUGUAUUAUUACUAUAGUUAUAAUUAUUUAUGAGAUUAUAACAUAUUAUAAAGUGUAUUAUGAGACAUUAUGAAUUCAGUAUAAUGCCUUUACAAUGCAUUAUAAAUAUGGGCUUCAUAGAAAGUGUUACCAAAUAUUUUUCUAUCAUUGAAUGUGUCAUUUAUAACAGAAACAAUUAACCGAACUUAAGGCUGUGAGCAUAAAUGUUUUUUGGUGUUAUUCUAACAAGGGACAUGAAUAACAGAUACAGGGCAGUUUUGCUCUCUCUUACAUAAUCAUUCUGUCUUGAUGUGGUCAUGGUUAGAUUACCCAUGCUGACAGGUUUUAUGUCAUACAAAAUUCUCUUUUGCAUACUGUAAAGUUACAGCUGGCCAAAAAUGUACAGACAUGCCAUAUAAGCAUGCAAGUUUUGAAAGUUUCAUUUUUAGUUAAUAGAUGAUCUAAUAGAUGAGUCUAAAGUCAUAAUUGAUAAAUCAUAACAUGCAAUUUAUGCAUUUAACAGACUGUAAUUAUAUAUCUACAUAACUAUAUAUAUUUAUGGUUAAAAUUUAGUACGAAUUCACCAGGAUGCCUUAACCUAGCACGUGUGGUCCAGAGACAAUUGCUAAAAAUAUACAUUAGAAAGUGACAUCAAAUGCUGAUUCUAGAUCAGUAGUUUUUCUAUGAGACAUCUAGUACAGUGUAUACUUGAUGCUGCAGUUUGUUUAGAGUUUUGCAGACAGAGCAGAGGAUCCAGUCUAACUUGUUCAUUGUGUAGAAAUUGUAAAGUCAAUUGAUGUAUCCUGUACCUGGAGACAUUAUGUAAUGUAAUGUACAUUACUAAAGACUAAUUGUGUGACCUCUACAGAAGAGUGACAUUGUACAUUUUUAAAUUUGUUUUUUGUUUUUUAAACUUAUCUUUUUAGUUCACUUAAAUGUUCUCAAAUGUGUUAUUGUGACAUCAUUUUUGUACCAAAUGUCACCAUUAAAUUACAGUUGCAGUACA